UUCUAUUGGUGUAUUGGCUAGUGUGAAAUGGAAAUGUUCCAUUGUGAAAUCUAGAGAAAUUUUUGUCAAAGUUUAAGAUUGAAAUGGAAGUAAUGAAUAUCGCCUUAAUAUGUUCAACGCAAGCUAUUAUUCGUUUUAAUUAUCAUUUAUCGGUGAAUAAAGGUCCGUAUUACACGUGCAACUGAUUAAUAGUUGAUUAGGAUUACGUAAAAGUACACAUAAGAGGGGUACACGUGAAGGUUUAGAGCAGAUUGUCGCAAUAUUAUUCCCAGCACUAUGGAAGAUUGGGAAAAUGAAUUUGUGCCUCGGGGUGGAAAGGAUGGUGUCGCAUCUAACCAAUGGGAAGGUGAGGAUGAGGACGAUGAUGUUAAAGACAACUGGGAAGACGAAGAAGAAGAAAAGAAGGCAGAAGACGGUGCAAUUAUUGCCACGGAAGUAAAACAAAAAUCUAGGAAAAAGUUACAGGAAAUUAUUGCCGAAAAGGAGGUAUGUAACAUAUAUUGUGUAAUUGUGGAAGAGGUAUUUGAUAAAAGCUGAAAGUGUAAUUUGUCU